AUGGCACUUCAAUACAAACAAGCCGCCAAAGUUAUUGAUAAUGUAUUAAAAAAGAAAGCAAGCAUUAAAACAUCUAUAUACCAAAACAAUGAGAUAAAAAAUAAAAAGAUUAUUUUAGCGAUUGUAUCAAAAACACUUGCAAAUAUGAAUACUAUUGAAGAUCUUCUUCGUGAUAUCAAAGAUUUUAGAACAAUCAAACAAAAAACAAUGUUGAUGGUAAUGUUAAAUGAUUAUAUUACUAAUGGUAAGAUUAGUGGAGGAGGGGCUAUCAAAUCAGUUAUUUUAAAAAAUAAAGAAAAAAUACCUAUUCUUGAGAAGAAACAAAAAGAAGAAGAGACGUUCAAAUAUUAUCGAUUAAAUACAUUACGUACUAAAGUAUUUCCAUCAAUUUCUAAUAAGGUUGAACCUGAUGAAUUUAUUCCAAAUUUAUAUAAGUUAACACCACCACUUUCAUUACCAAUUGAUACUUUAUUAUCACAAGAUAAACCAAGUUGUUUUCCUGCAUUUAUUUUAAAACCACCUGAAAAUAGUAUAUGUAUUGAUGCGUGUGCUGCACCAGGAAAUAAAACAACUCAUUUAGCAACGAUUAUGAAUAACACUGGUAUUAUUUAUGCAUUUGAUAAAGAUUCAAAACGAGCUGAAUUAUUAAGAACUACAGUAAAGAAUUAUCAAGCAACAAAUAUUGAAGUUAUUUGUGGUGAUUUUCUUCAAAGUGAUAUUGAAGAUAUUCGUUUUGAGAAUGUCACUCAUAUUUUAUGUGAUCCAUCAUGUUCAGGGAGUGGUAUUCUUGAGAGACAUUAA